AUGGUAGAAAAUGUCGAUUACGUAUUCACUGGGAUGAGACUGGUGAGAGACGACACCUUGGACUUGAAGCGGUUCAAAGGACUAGUGAAGCCAUUGAACAUAUUUGAUCUCGUAUGCUUUGCUUCACAAAGUAGACAAAAAAGCUACGUUGAUCCGAAGCGUAGGGAUAUUGAGUUCCAAGUGAGAGAUUCUGUAUUUCUUCGAGUAUCACCUAUGAAAGAGAUACGUAAAUUUUGGAAGAAAGAGAAACUAAGCCCUAGAUUCAUUGAUCCUUUUAAAAUACUGGAACGAGUAGGUCAGGUAGCCUAUCAGCUAGCUUUACCUCCUGCGUUGUCCAGAGUGCAUAAUGUGUUUCAUAUCUCUAUCCUGAGAAAGUACGUGUCAGAUCCGAUACAUAUUUUGUGCUAUAAUGACAUUGAGCUUCAAACAAACUUAUCAUAUGAGGAAACACCUAUACAGGUUUUGGACCAGAAGAAAAAUGUACUUCGAAAUAAGACCAUUCCAUUGGUUAAAAUAUUAUGGAGAAACAACAAGGUUGAGGAAGCAACUUGGGAGUUAGAGUCGCAGAUGCGGGAGUAG